GCUUGAAUCCACCCCACAGAGUGAAGUCAAUUUCAAUGACUACUUUCACACAACAGGAAAUAGAAUUUCUGCAGAAACAUGGAAAUGAAGUGUGCAAACAGAUUUGGCUAGGCCUAUUUGAUGAUAGAUCAUCAGCAAUUCCAGACUUCAGGGAUCCACAGAAAGUAAAGGAAUUUCUACAGGAAAAAUAUGAAAAGAAAAGAUGGUAUGUUCCUCCAGAGCAAGCAAAGGUGGUGGCAUCAGUCCAUGCAUCCAUAUCGGGGUCUUCUGCUAGUAGUACAAGCAGCACACCUGAGGUGAAGCCACUCAAAUCUCUUCUGGGAGAAGCUGCACCCACACUGCACUUAAACAAGGGCACACCUAGCCAAUCUCCUGUUGUAGUUCGAUCUCAAGGACAGCAGCAACAAGAAAAGAAACAAUUUGACCUCCUCAGUGACCUUGGCUCAGAUAUCUUUGCUGCUGCUCCUCCUCAGUCAACUGCUACAGCAAAUUUUGCUAAUUUUGCACACUUCAACAGUCAUACAGCGCAGAACUCUGCAAAUGCAGGUUUUGCAAACUUUGAUGCAUUUGGACAGUCUAGUGGCUCGAGUAAUUUUGGAGGUUUCCCCACAGCAAGUCAGUCUCCUUUUCAGCCCCAAAAUACAGGUGGAAGCGCUGGAUCGGUGAAUGCUAACUUUGCUCACUUUGAUAACUUCCCAAAAUCCUCCAGUGCUGAUUUUGGAGCCUUCAAUGCUUCUCAGAGCAACACAACAGCAACUGCAGCCAUUAAAGCUGCAGUGAACAAACCGAAUCUCCAGUCAGCUGACAAAUAUGCAGCUCUUGCUAAUUUAGAUAAUAUCUUCAGUGCAGGGCAAGGUGGUAGUGAGCAAGGAAGUGGCUUCAGUACAGCAGUGUCAGCAUCAGCAGGUCCUGCACUGUCAGUCCCAAAUCAGUCAAGUGCAUCUUCAGACAAGUAUGCGGCUCUAGCAGAACUAGACAGUGUGUUCAGCUCCACAGCAACCUCUAGUAACGCAUAUACGUCCACCAGUAAUGCUAGCAGCAAUGCUUUUGGAACAGUACCUGUGGCUGCUACUGCACAGACACAGCCUGCAUCUUCGAGUGUGCCUGCUCCAUUUGGAGCAACACCUUCCACAAAUCCAUUUGUAGCUGCCCCUGUUGCCCCAGUGGCACCUUCAACAAAUCCAUUCCAGACAAAUAGCCGAGGAGCAACAGCAACAUUUGGUACUGCAUCCAUGAGCAUGCCUGCAGGAUUUGGAACUCCUGCCUCCUACAGUCUUCCUACUAGUUUUAGUGGCAACUUCCAGCAGCCCACGUUCCCAACCCAGGCAGCUUUCCCUCAACAGACUGCUUUCGCUCAGCAGCCAAAUGGAGCAGGUUUUGCUGCAUUUGGACAGGCAAAGCCUGUAGUAACUCCUUUUGGACAAGUUGCAGCUGUUGGAGUAUCUAGUAACCCUUUUAUGGCUGGUGCACCAACGGGACAAUUUCCAACGGGAAGCUCAUCAACCAAUCCUUUCUUAUAGCCUUAUAGACACUUUACCCAAAAGAACUCUUAUGUGGUCACAUAACAUCUCUGCGCCUCUUGCACUGUUGUCUUGUUUCACUGAUAUUAGCUUUAAACACAAAAGAAGUCUUUAAGAAGUAAAAAUAAAAGCCUGCAUUGUGUACCUUUAAAAAAAAAUUAAAAAAAAAAA